CCCCCCCCCCCCCCCCCCCGUUUCAAAUCCCGCCAUCUUCCACAAUGGUGGCCAUGGUGCGCUCCGCCACCCCGAGGGAGCGCCUCGCGCGGCCCCUGAGCUCCGCCAAGGUCGCCUCUGACAUCCCGUCGAAGCUCGACCACCUCCGCCAAGUGAAGGACGAUUUGCUCCAGGACGACCCCGUUUUGCUCGCCGAGUUUCUGCCACAGCUACUGGACCUCCUCUCUGACCGCUUUAGCCCCGUCCGCAAGUUCAUCAUCAAAGUGGCUGGUGAGAUUGGGAUGAAGCAGCCGGAGUUUCUGCCGGAGAUAGUGCCUGCUUUGAUUUCUGUCCUGAAAGAUGAAUCUCCUCCUGUUGUCCGACAGGCAAUUGCUAGUGGAAUCGACUUGUUCCGUUGCACCUUCGAGAAAAUUGCACUGCAGGGUCUAUACUCUAGUGAACUGGAUGAUUCCCUUGAGUCCUCGUGGGCUUGGAUGUUGAACUUUAAGGAGAAAAUUUAUUCAAUUGCUUUCCAGCCGGGAAGUGAUGGAGUCAAAUUGAUGGCACUGAAGUUUGUUGAAGCAAUCGUUCUUCUUUACACGCCUGACCCAAGUGGCACUUCGGAGCCCCCUUCUCAUCAACGCUUAGGAGGAGACUUGGCUGCUUUUAACAUAUCUUGGCUUCGUGGAGGUCAUCCUCUACUCAGUGUUGGGAGUUUGUCACAAGAAGCUAGUCACAGUCUAGGCAAAAUGCUCGAUCAGCUACGGUUUCCAAAAGUGAAGUCCCUCAGUAGCUUAACGAUCAUUGUGCUUAUAAAUAGUGUCUCUGCAGUUGCAAAGAAAAGGCCUGCAUUCUAUGGACGUAUUUUACCAGUUCUUCUUGGUCUAGAUUCUAUUAGCCAUGUCGUGAACGGUGUGCAUAUCUAUGGAGCGCGCCAUGCCCUAAAAAAUGCUUUCCUUUCCUGUUUAGAAAGCAAACACCCUGGUGCUGCACCGUGGCGCGAUCGUCUAAAUUCUGCCUUGAGAGAGAUUGAAGAUGGAGGCUUGACCAAGCAAUCCCUCGACCAAGAUUACAAAAUAAAUGGAAGUGCAGAGGGGAAAGACAGCUCUCUUAUGACUACUGAUGAAAAAUCUGCCGUGAAAGCCAUUGAUUCUGUUUCGGCCCAUGGUGUGAAGGGGAGAAAAAGAUUGGAAGUGGAGGACCGCUGCGAUCAAGCUUCUGACGAUAACACUCCUGGUAAACGUGCCAGGCCGAGUCCAAGUAUCUCCGAGGAAUCAAGUAAUGAGUUGAAGAGGAAGAGUAGUGUCUUUCAGGAAGAACAUUCCUCGAGCCAGCCUUCCCCGUCCAGGUUGGAAGGUGAUUCUGGUCCUGUACAGCAACUUGUGGCCAUGUUUGGGGCCCUCGUUGCACAAGGGGAGAAAGCUGCUGGAUCAUUAGAGAUUCUUAUUUCAAGUAUCUCCGCGGACUUGCUUGCGGAGGUGGUAAUGGCUAAUAUGCGUCGUCUUCCCUCUGAACGGCCUACAUCUGAUGAAGAAGAGACCUCAAAAGAUAUUUUCUCACUUUCCAGUGCAUUUCCGCAGAUUGCUUCCUUGUUAGGUGCUCAGCAGACUGUGCCUAAUGAUUAUGUGGAAUUACCAAAAGAAGAUGAUGAUGUGGUGGCUGUUGAUGAAAUGCAAAUGGUUGAUACUGAGAAUAUUCAUGGAGCUGAAAGUUCUGCAUGGCCGGCUGCUUUACCAUCUUCUUCUGAUGUUUCAACAGGUAUAGGAAAAGACAUUGUUACUACCUCAGCUGAUAAGCACCGUGAAUUGGAGGAUAUAGAAAGUGAGAUUCCUGGUCUUGCUGCUUCUACCCACACUGAUGGGCAAUCAGAAUCAGCAGCUGCUUCCUCAUUAGCAUCCACAGAUGCAGAAGCUAACAGUCAAGAACAGGAAACUAGUCUGAUUGCGAAAUCACCUGUUGAAAUGCUUCCAUCACUUUCAAAUGAUAGGUCUGAGGAACUUAGUCCAAAACCCAUUACUAUGGACGGGAAUAUGUCAGUGUCCUCUCCCAUUAAAUCUGCUGGAUUAUCUUAUCAUGUUGUUCUUCCCAAGUUGUCAGCACCUGUUGUCGAACUGCCAGAUGAUCAGAAAGAUCAUUUGCAGAAGUUGGCUUUUGCCCGCAUCAUUGAGGCAUAUAAAGAUGUUGAAGUCGCUGGGGGUUCAGAAGUUCGAUCUUCUUUGCUUUCUUAUAUAGGGGUUGAGUUUCCUUCAGAGUUGGAACCCUGGAAACGUUUGCACCAACAUAUUGUCUCAGAUUAUGUGAAUCUUGAGGGACAUGAGUUGACUUUACGUCUCCUCUACAGGUUAUUUGGAGAGUCGGAAGUAGAAAAGGACUUCUUUUCUUCUACAACUGCUGCAUCUGCGUAUGAAAUGCUCCUGCUAAAUGUGGCGGAAGCACUAAGAGAUUCAUUUCCGGCAUCAGACAAAUCUCUGAGUAGAUUGCUAUCGGAAGUUCCAUAUUUGCCAGAGUCGAUUUUGAAACUCUUAGAGCAAUUAUGUUCACCUGAUCAUGCGGGCAAACCCGAGGAGUCACAAAGUGGGGAUCGAGUCACUCAAGGUCUUAGUGCUGUUUGGAGUCUUAUCCUGCUGCGACCUCCUAUGUGUGAUGCUUGCUUGAAAAUUGCCUUGCAGAGCACAAUUCACCCCUUGGAGGAGGUGCGAAUGAAAGCAAUACGCCUGGUGGCAAACAAGCUUUAUCCUUUAUCAUCCAUUUCUCAACAAAUAGAAGAUUUUGCAAAAGACACAUUGCUCUCUGUUACAAGUAGUGUCGCCUCAGAUAAGGUGGAAAAUGAAAGGUCCCAUGCAGAGUCAUUGAAGGAUUCUGUUAUAGAAAGAGGUCCAGAAGAGCAUUUGAUAGGAGAUUCAAGUGCUAAAGAUGUCUCAUCUGAUACUCACCAGUCAUCCAACAUAGAGAGUUUGUCAAAUGCUGUCUCUGAGGCCCACAGAUGCAUGUCACUAUAUUUUGCACUUUGCACAAAGAAACACGCUCUUUUCCGCCAUAUAUUUAUGCUAUAUGAAAGCGCAUCAAAAUCCGCUAAGGAGGCAAUUCAACGUCACAUCCCAAUUCUUGUUCGUACUAUGGGUGCUUCAUGUGAACUCCUUGAAAUAAUAUCGGAUGCUUCAGGCGGAAGUCUAAAUCUUCUCAUGCAGGUUUUGCAUACCCUUACAGAUGGAACAGUCCCUUCUCCUGGAUUGAUACGUACUAUCAGGAAGUUAUAUGAUUCAAAAAUAAUGGAUGUUGAGAUUCUUAUGCCAAUACUACCAUUCUUACAUAAAGAUGAGGUUUUGGUGAUGUUUCCUCGUCUUGUGAAUCUGGCCCCUGAUAAAUUCCAAGCAGCACUUAUGCGCAUAUUAACGGGAUCAUCAUCCCAUGGCGAUCCUCCAGUUAGUCCUGCAGAAAUUUUGAUUGCUAUCCAUGGGAUUGAUCCCGACAGAGAUGGAAUUCCCUUGAAGAAGGUGACAGAUGCAUGCAAUGCUUGUUUUGAGCAAAGACAAAUAUUCACCCAACAAGUUCUCGCAAAAGUCUUGAAUCAGUUGGUCGAACAAAUUCCUCUUCCAUUGUUAUUCAUGCGCACAGUAUUACAGUCAAUAGGCGCUUUUCCUGGACUGGUGGGCUUUAUAAUGGAUAUCCUUUCUCGUCUUGUCAGUAAGCAGAUAUGGAAAUAUCCCAAGUUGUGGGUUGGAUUUUUGAAGUGUGCACAAUUAACAAAGCCGCAGUCUUUUGCUGUACUGCUUCAGUUGCCUCCAGCACAGCUUGAGAAUGCAUUGAAUAGAAUACCGGUACUAAAGGACCCUUUGGCAACUCAUGCCAGUCAACCUAAUGUUCGCUCUUCACUUCCAAGAUCUGUGUUAGCAGUUCUAGGAAUUGUCACAGAUUCACAAACUUCCGGUCAGGCACAGUCAAGUCCGGCACAGUCAAAUCCUCCACGGUCAAGUCCGGCACAGUCAAGUCCGGCAAAGGCAAGUCAGACUCAGACAAGUCAAACUCAGACAGUAGAUAGCGGCACUUCUGAUAAGGAAACAGCGAGUGAAAAGGAGUCAUCAGUUGCUAGCUAGCCAGCAAGACAACUUCAAAGUAUGCUUUUCCGCCUUGUUAGGUUCUAUCUAGAGAAGAAUGUCGCUUACCUCUUGUUUCCAUCUGUUUUCUACCAUCUUACAUUACAUCAGUUACAAUUACAACUACAGAGAAUUUCGAGCUCCAGUGAGCGUGGCAGCAAAAGUAGAAGACUGUUGUGUUCUACGAUUUAACACCCUCAGGAAGAAAUUAAUGCCCCCCUUUAAGAGGGCCUGCCCACAGUUAGGAAUGUUGUUGGUAGAUAUAUAGUUUGGAUUGGAUCUCAGGCAAUGUAAAUUUUACACAGUUGAUAUAGAUUGUUAUGUAGGCUAGGGAUCGAUGGGAUGGGAUAGUUUGAGGUCUCAUCAUCUUACGGAUUUUGAUAAAAUAUAGAGAGAUCAACUAACUUGCCUCCACUGAGAACCCUUUCAUCUGCUGUAUCCAAUGAUUCCAAUCAAUAUAUGCUGCAAUCGUCUCUCGACUCAUA